GCCUCUCCUCGUUCGCCUUCUCUCCCCCACCUCCCCACCCCCGUUUCAUUUCUUCCUUGGAAGCGAGCGGAGGCAACCCGGCGUGGAGGAGGAUGACAAGGAUGAUGAUGUGGAAGAGAUGGAGAUGAAGCAGACUAUGCAGAUCCGGGGACUCCUGUUGCUGCUGCCGGCACUAUGGGCUCUCCUUCUGCGGGACGUCGCGGCUGUCACAGAGGAGGGAGGUUGCUUUCUUCCAGGUACAAAGGGUACUGGAAUGCCAAUCAAACUGAAGGUGUCCCAGGGACAGCCUGUGAAGCUGAACUGCAGCCUCGAGGGAAUGGAAGACCCAGAGAUGCUGUGGAUCAAGGAUGGAGCUGUUGUGCAGAGCGUAGACCAGGUGUACAUCCCGGUAGAUGAAGAACACUGGAUUGGGUUCCUCAGCUUGAAGUCUGUGGACCGGAAAGACUCUGGGAAGUACUGGUGCCAAGUGGAGACCAACGGGAAGAAAGAAGAAUCACAGCAAGUGUGGCUCAUUGUGGAAGGUGUUCCUUACUUCACUGUUGAGCCAGAAGAUCUGUCUGUAAUCCCCAAUACUCCUUUCCAACUAUUUUGUGCUGCAGCUGGCCCACCUGAGCCAGUGACAAUUGUCUGGUGGAUGGGCGAUUCCAAAGUUGGUCGUUCCGACGUCUCCCCCUCCACCCUAAAUGUGCCAGGUAUUAAUCAAAGCACAGUUUUCUCCUGCGAAGCCCACAACAUAAAGGGACUGUCUUCAUCCCGGACGGCCACUGUGCAGAUUAAAGCUCUCCCCUUUCCACCUCUCAAUGUGACAGUAACUCAAAUCACCAGCAACAAUGCCAGUAUCACUUGGCUGCCAGGAUUUGAUGGCCGUUCUCCACUUCAUUCUUGUACAGUUCAGGUGGCUGAGCUACAGGAAGAUGACGUUUCCACAGAAGUUGUCCCUGUCCCCUCCUUUUCCCAGGCUUUUCCAGGAUUAAAGCACUCUACCAAUUAUAGUGUUCGGGUCCAGUGCACUAAUGAACUGGGCAGCUCCCCUUUUACAGACUGGGUCUAUUUUCAGACCAUGGGAUUAGCACCAAACAGUAUUCCACAAAACGUACACAUUAUCCAAAGAGAUUCUUGUCUGAUUUUGGAAUGGGAAACAAUGGCUCCAGAAAUGCAUAGGGACAAUGCCCUGGGAUACAGGUUGGAGUGGAGUCAAGAUAACAUCACUCAGGGGGAAAUGAUUGUGCAGGAGACGAGAGCCAACCUCACUAUGUGGAAUCCCUUAAGAGAUCUUACCAUCAGGGUGUGUGUACUCAACUCAGCAGGCUGCGGGCCUUGGAGUGAACCCUUGCUGCUUACAGCUGAAGAUUUAAUAGGAGGACAGAGACAACCUCCCUAUGGCACAUCCUGGGUCCCUGUAGUAUUAGGCAUUCUUACUGCACUCGUCACAGCAGUUGCCUUGGCACUGAUCCUGCUGCGGAAAAGAAGAAAAGAAACUCGCUUUGGUCAUGCCUUUGGCAGUGUGGUGGGAGGGGAUCCAGUCGUCCAUUUCAGAGCGGUGAGAUCUUUCAACAGAGAAGGCCCAGAGCUUAUUGAGGCAACAUUGGACAGUAUAGGUAUCAGUGAUGACUUGAAGACCAAACUGAAAGAUGUCCUGAUCCAGGAGCAACAGUUUACUCUAGGAAGAAUGCUAGGCAAAGGGGAAUUUGGGUCUGUAAGAGAGGGUCAGUUGAAGCUGCCUGAUGGCUCUCUCCAGAAGGUUGCGGUGAAAAUGCUCAAAGCGGAUAUCUUCACCUCAAAUGACAUCGAGGAAUUCCUGAGGGAAGCUGCCUGCAUGAAAGAGUUUGACCAUCCACACGUUACUAAACUGAUUGGAGUCAGCUUGCGCAAUCGGCCUAAAGGCCGGCUUCCAAUCCCAAUGGUUAUCCUUCCGUUCAUGAAGCAUGGAGACCUUCACUCUUUUCUACUGAUGUCCCGGAUUGGAGAAAACCCUUUUAACCUGCCUCUUCAGACACUCUUGAAGUUUAUGAUUGACAUUGCUAGUGGCAUGGAGUACCUGAGCUCCAAAAACUUCAUCCACAGAGACCUUGCUGCUCGGAACUGCAUGUUGGAUGAAUACAUGAACGUGUGCGUUGCUGAUUUUGGGCUUUCAAAGAAAAUCUAUAGUGGAGACUAUUACCGCCAGGGCUGUGCCUCCAAGCUGCCAGUCAAGUGGCUUGCACUGGAAAGCCUGGCGGACAAUCUCUACACAACACAUAGUGAUGUGUGGGCAUUUGGUGUGACAAUGUGGGAAAUUGUAACACGGGGGCAAACUCCUUAUGCAGGCAUUGAGAAUGCAGAAAUUUACAACUACCUCAUCAGUGGAAACAGACUGAAACAGCCCCUGGAGUGCUUGGAAGAUGUCUACGAUCUCAUGUGCAGAUGCUGGCAUUCAGAACCUAAGCUACGCCCCAGCUUCGGAGCCCUGAAACUGCAACUAGAAAUGAUCUUGGCCAGACUGUCUUUGCUCUCAUCCAGUCAGGACCCCUUGUAUGUCAACAUUGGGAAGCCACAAGAAGCUUACAGGAAUGACCCCUCAACAGAUUGUCCCUUUGGAACAUUGGACGGUGACGCGAACAUUGCAGGAGCAGCUGCUGCCGCUGUCACGAGUGACUACCGUUACAUCAUGAGCCCCUUGUGCCUUGGGAGUGAUGCUGAAAGCGAAAGGCAUCCGGACGCAUCUGAGGGGGAAGCCAGGAGCCUUCUUUAUGAUUUGGAGAUGGGACCAAAACGAUGUUAGCCUGAAAGGAAGAGGGGGGAAAUGACACUCCACUCUCCUCCAAUAAGAUGUGUGCAUUUUUAUCAUCAUCUGGUACUGCUUUACAAAGACAGUUGUAGGCUGCUUUUAACCAGCAUAGGUAGCUGUAAAAUGAGCUACUUCUGCAGCUGUUUGAGUUGCUGUGGCUCAUGCUCAAAAUGACCACAAAUUUUAUCACCUAUUGGCCUUCUGAAACUAACUUCCUGCAAUGGUGAAAUGAAAUCCAGUGGGAGUGGCCUAGUCUGUACUUACAGCCAGCGAAUGCCUGUUUGUCAACUGAAUUGAUAACGGAAUAUUAGAGUUGAGCAGGGUGCUACUCAGCAUGCUCUCUUUUUCGGUAAGAUUUUCCAGCUGUGAGCAAGGAAGAUUGGGACCAGAUUGGGAAAUGAUCUUCUAUUGAUGGAUACUGUAUUUAAGGGCGUGAGGGGGGAACAGUAGUUUAGCAGUACCACCUAGUCCUCUUGUCUACCUCAGUGGUUCUCAAACUGGCUGCUUCUGUACAAUGAAGAAAUAUUGCGCCGUUUCUCAGAUUGUUACAGUAUUUGGUUGUUGGAUGGAAGCAUUCCUCAAGGCUGACAUUGCAGCUAAGCAACAACAUGCGGGCACGGUUUUUGCCAGCCUGAUACCCUCCAGAUCUUUUUUGGCUACAGUUCCUAUCAGCGCCAGGCAGCGCAGCUGAUGGGAUUUGUAGAAGAAAACAUCUAGAGGCCACCAAGUUGGUGAAGGCUGUUCUGACAUCUCCCUGCAGAGAUGGCCUUCUCCCACACUGCAGGACUGGGUUUUCUUGUCUUUCUUUGCUUUUCGAUGUUUGACAUGAAGUUGGUUGUACGCACAGUUGCCUUGUCAGCAAAACUCUGUGACAGGGUGACAAAUGCAUACAGACGAAACCAAACUUCAGACAGACUUUGAGAGACCAGUGUAGGACAAGCAGUUAGCGCAUGGGAAAAUUUGAUACUAAGGCUGCAGUAGCAUACUUACCUAUCUAGGAAUAAAUCCCACUGAACUCAGUGGGACUUACUUCUGAGCAGACACGUCUAGGAUAGCGCUGUGUGGACAAAGUACAAAAAGUGCAUAUACGAAAAGGAGGUCUAUAAUGAUAGUAAGAGGCAGAACUUUAAAUUAAAAACAGAUGUUUAUUUUAUAAACUUUAUCCUAAAAAAAUUAAUAUUAGCUGCAGCAAGGAAAUUGCUCAGUUGACAUCAGCAGAAAAACUCAGUAGGUACCAAUGGAAUGCUUUCCAUGCAGAGAAGUAGUUUUCAGUCAGAAAGACUUUGAGAAUCACUGGCCUACUUCAUUAGAGGUUGUUCCAGCAUUCUGCAGAGAUUCAACUGCAUUGGAGCAUAACUUAACGUAUUUUGGUAACCUUACAGAAGGAAAUGUUCAUUUUUGAGCUCUCAUUUUUCCAAUAAGCCUGUUUUGAUUAAUCAUAACUGAAAAGAAUAACAUGCGCUUUGAAGAAGACUACUUUGACAAUGUGUAAAUCAGUCAGUGUUUCUGUAUUUUGCUGUUCCUAACAUAAGGUAUGCCUAGGGCAUUACACCUUACCAUGGCUGCCUGACUUUUUAGCAAACCUAAAUUCUUCCUAUUGGGCUGUUAGAAAAAUUCCCUGAUGCAGCAGUAUUCAAUAUUCAGCCACAGAAUCGCAUUGGGUGCAUCAAUUUUUAAAUUAAGUAUUUUUUGGUCCAGCUGGUUUCCAUGAGAAUGCUUAACGAAUGUGUAGCUCUCUGCUGUUGAAAUCCAUAAGUAUUAAAGCGGUGGGAGCAGGGGUAUUGGAUCAUGCCUAGUAUUAUAUAUGUUUCCAGGCUGCAGGUCUCUUAUAGCAGGGAUGGGGAACCUGUUGACUUUCCCAAUGUUAUUGUAUUCCUAACUCCCACCAGCCUCUGCCAGUAGGGUCAAUGGUCACGGAUUAUGAGAACAGUUCUCCAACAAUAUUCCCCAUCUCUGCCUUAGAGGCUUUUGGCACAACAAAACUCCACCCAUGGUAAGAGAAUACCACUGAUAAUAUGUUUCCAUUAUUAGUUAUGCUUAGAGCCAUAUUUCCCAUUGGGCUUACUGGCGUAUUGCGCCAGGGCACUGGCCUCUCAGGGGCACCACAGCGAGUGGGGGAGCUGCACGCCGUUGCUGGCGGCCUCCCCUUUCCCUGCACGCCUGCCAGCUGUGCCCCACCAACUAUAUGACUGGCAGGCUGCAGCUUCCUUCCCAAGCCUCCGUGGAAGGAGAGCGACCCCCGCAGAGGCUUGGGAAAAGGUCAACAAGUCGACAACUUUGGAAAAGAGGGGGGCCUUGGAGGGAUCUUUGCACCAUGACACCGGAUAUGCCUAAGACGGCCCUGGUCAUGCUUUCCUUUUUUUUGCUGUUUCAUUUAGUGCUCACUGAGGCUACAUUUCUUCCUGCCCCUUGUGAAACAAGGUAAUCUAGAAUUACUGGAAUUCAAACCACCAAACAGAUCCUCCUGAGAGACACUGACAAGGCCCCUUCUCACAUUCCGUUUACCACUUUCAGGUUUUAACCAGUAAUGUUCAUAUAUGCCUUUCUAGAUGGUUAAAAGACUGGAGUGGUCACUCUCAUGUGCCAGGAACUUUGCAGAGUCAAUAACUCAUCAAAGCUUUUCCAUCUCUACCCCGUCUCUAGCACCAUCCUUCAGCAUGACUACGAAACAGGGGGCAGGGGCGGGGUGGGCUAUGCAGCUGGAACUAGGCCCUGUUCUCUCCUUUUAUGCAACAUUAACCAUGCUGAUUGUGUGAACAAAGGAGCGGCUAAAGGUUUGAUGGUUUGCAUUAAGUUUUCAUGAAAAGCAAGCAUAGAAAUAUUACACGUAUUAAUAAAUCUGUUAGGUUGUGAACUACCCUGAGAUCUGCGGGUGAAGGGCAGUAUACAAAUUCAAUUAAUAAUAAUAAUAAUAAUAAUAAUAAUAAUAAUAAUAAUGAAACCGCAUGAGCUGGGGGGAAAGUUCUUGAUUUGUGCAAACAUCAUCAGUGGUAUGCUUUUAUUGCCCGUGGUAUCUGUUGUGCAUAUGGGCUUCCCAUCAUCACAACACUAUGUUACCAAAAGCAAGUAAUAGAUGUGUUGCUGGUGGUAUGCGUUAAAAAUGGUUUUAUGAGUUAAAAAUGGUUCUAUGCAGUCAAUGCUGAGAAAGCCAUAUUCUGUGUUCUGGAACGAAGCAGUAGAUUUGGGAUAAAAAAUUUUCAUUAGAACAGUUCCGCUGUCUACUUAACAAAACCCACCAGUUCCUCUACAAAAUAUUGUGAUGGAAGCCCAAGUUUCAAAUUAUACUUUUGAGUCUGAAUGCAUAUGUGAAAUAAGUAUUUUGAAAUUUCCAGCGUAGAAAUUCUGCAGCAUACUGCAGUUGUUUGGACCUGGGAUUUUUAUGGACACUCACCCGAUUGAAUUAAGACAGUCAAAGCAGCUGUCCUACAGAAACCUUCCCAAUGAAUGGCCUAUGCAAUAAUUCAACAUGGGUGUUGAGUGGAGUUUGUUAGAUAUUAUGCCCUGCCUCCCUCAAGUUUACUAAACAUGUUUACAGGAGACUGGUGAGAACAUAGUUCUUAACCAAGUGCUGCCUUCUCACCAUACCUGUGCUCUCAUAGCAAGCAGUGUGAAACAUGUUGUUUAACAGACUGACCCUUUAGUUCCAGUAUUCAAGAGUGAGCAUCUUUGCUUGUGUGAUCAGAACAGCAUCACCCACACACAAGAGGGAAGUAUCAACAGGUUAAAAGUUUGAAGUACCAAAAAUAAUGAAGGGGAAAACAAACCUAAGAGGGACCCUAAAGAGGCCUGAGCAUGCUCAGUGGCUUAGAAUGCUGCUUGACUGUGGGGAGGUGGGAUGGAACCCUAAACAGAAGCAGUCCACUCUGCAACCUUUUGUUGCAGCUCCCACUUGUGCCUCUUUCAUUCGGAAUUAAGUCUCAUGAGUUCAGUGGGAUUCAUUCCCAAACAAAUGUGCAUCAGAUUGCAGCUUAUGUUUCCUGCAGCAGCCACCUAGCAAGCAGAGCAAGUGUAUAUAUAAAAUCUAAUUUUCUGAAGCAUGUCAUUAGUUUUUAUGCUUUUUUAAAAUAAACUAUGUACUGUGUCCUA